AUGUGUGCUACACGAUCUGCUGUUCGUGAAUCUGAUUCAGACUCGAGGGAUUUCAGAAUUUUCAGUGUCAAGAGACUUUCAUACUUUAAGAUACCAUCGGAAUUUAGAGAGGGCAGAUGUCGUAGUGUUGCUGAAUUUGAAAAGCUAAACCGUAUAGGUGAAGGGACAUAUGGUAUUGUCUACCGUGCUCGUGAUACUGUAUCAAAAGAGGUUGUGGCUCUGAAGAAAGUUCGAAUGGAAAAUGUUCGAGAUGGCAAGUUUUCCUCACUCUUGAGUUAUGUACAACAGGUAUCCCUAUUAGCAGUUUGCGCGAAAUCACUUUGUUGCUAA